GAGCUCCGCCAAUCGGAGGCCGGUGCAAGAAGGCAGGCCGUGAGUGGAGCGGCGGGGCUCUGGGACGCAGCCAACCCGGCCCCGCUGUGCUGCCGGAUGCUGCCUCCCGGGCGCGGGGUUCCAAUUCUGCGCCUCCCUCCUGCCUUCCUUUCCCUUCCCUCAGGUCUCCUUUCCUGCAGCCUCCGCGGAUCCGGAUCCUCUGCCCUGGUCGGAGGGACAACACGCCUUCCCUCCAGCGCCCCCUGAAAAAAUUUUAUGCAUGAGAAGAAAAAAUGAACAACACCACAAUGAACGAGGAGCCAGAUGCGUUAUCUGUCGUGAACCAGCUGCGGGACUUGGCAGCUGACCCUUUAAACAGAAGAGCAAUCGUCCAAGAUCAAGGAUGCCUACCGGGACUUAUUUUAUUUUUGGAUCAUCCCAACCCUCCAGUUGUUCAUUCAGCUCUACUUGCUCUUCGCUACUUAGCAGAAUGUCGUGCCAAUAGAGAGAAAAUGAAGAGUGAGCUGGGUAUGAUGCUGAGCUUACAGACUGUUGUACAAAAGACCACAACACCAGGGGAGACAAAGCUGUUAGCUUCUGAGAUCUAUGAUAUUCUUCAGUCUUCCAGCAUGUCUGACAUGGACAAUGUAAAUGAGAUGAAUUCUCGACGUCGGAAAGCUCAGUUUUUCCUCGGAAGUACAAAUAAACGGGCUAAAACAGUAGUUUUACAUAUAGAUGGCCUUGAUGAUUCGUCUCGGAGAAACCUGUGUGAAGAGGCCUUGCUGAAAAUCAAGGGGGUCAUCAGUUUCACAUUUCAGAUGGCUGUUCAAAGAUGCGUAGUCCGGAUCAGAUCAGAUUUGAAAGCAGAGGCCCUGGCAACGGCAAUAGCAUCUACCAAAGUCAUGAAAGCCCAGCAAGUUGUAAAAGGUGAAAGUGGUGAAGAGAUGCUGGUCCCCUUCCAAGAUACGGCGGUAGAAGUGGAACAGAAUACUGACCUCCCUGAGUAUUUGCCAGAAGACGAAAGCCCUUCCAAAGAGCAGGACAAAGCCGUGUCCCGCGUUGGGUCGCAUCCAGAAGGUGCAGCCAGCUGGCUGAGCACAGCUGCAAACUUUCUUUCUAGGUCCUUUUAUUGGUGACUGCAAAUCAAGGUUAAGAGACUGUGUGAACCAACAGGGGGCCAGUUUUCCAUUGGUGUGGUGAACUGCCAAGUGCAAUUUGCAAUAAGUUAUCACAACAAAUUUUUAGACUACACAAAACAUAUGCUGUGUUUUACAUUUUAUUGGACACAUGGUCUUUUGGGCCAGUGAGAAAGAGGUCUCAAAGCAAGGUUUGUUCCUUUUCUUGCCCCUACCCCUGUUCUCCUAUGUUUUAUUGCCUCCCUUUUUAAUAUGGGUCCAUGAUCAACCAAACCUUUUUUGAGUGUAUAAAGCUUUAAGUUAAAAUUCAUGAUUAAUACAGAUAGAUUCUGUUCAGCCUAUAUCUCAGGACAUCUGUGCCAGGAAGGUAUUAGUCUGAGUUUUGCAUGGAUUGAAAUGCCUUUGGUUGUUUUUUUUAAUUCAUUUUUGCCUUAUUUCAGAUUAUGUUUCUCCUCUAGAUGGUCACUCUAGAGGGAAUAACCUGAUUUCUUUGCCACUUCUUUUGGAUUUUUCUUUCCAGCUUUGUUCAGAGCCAAUGUGUCUACAUGAGACUUGAAAUUAACAAGUCCUUUCUUUCUUGGAGACCUGAUCCCUUAAGUGACAGUCCAUUGCCACUCUCAACCUGAACCCUUAGUAAUAAAAUUAAAAAUGCUCACAUAUAUCAUAUAGUAAAUAAUUGGCUGUAAGAAAUUGCUUGUUAAGGAUGGCAGCAAAUCUCUAAAUACAACCAAAAACAGCUGUUUGCAAUUUAGCUUGGUUAAGGAACUCUGGUCUCAGAAUUAGUGAUCUACACUGAUUAUACCUUGUUGCAGAUUUUGUCUGUGGUAGAAGGUGUGGUGAUUAUUUUCAGUCAAUGAUGAAAACUGAAAAAAAGUAUGUCAGUGAGGAGGGUGGGGAAUAAAACGCUGAAUAUGCCAUAGUGCCACUGCCCUUACAUGUCAAACAUUUAAUGCUAGGUGGAAAUUUAACUAUUAUCCCUGUUGCCUUUGAUAGAGUGCUUUUAUAUUCCAGCUCCUUGUACUAUGGCAAGAGAUGUGAAACCAUGUGGAAAGCCUGUAGCAGAGCUGGGAAUGGCGCAAGGAUGUGCCGAUGUCUCCAGGGGAGGGUGAGCCUCUUACAAAUAAUGAAGGAAUCCCCCAGAGUGCACUAACCUGGUGGAGACAACCAGCAAACCAACCUAUACCUGCAUAUUUGUCUUCACCAUGUGGUGGUGCAGAUGUAUAUGUUGGCAGGUGCCUGAAUCACUGCAAACCAUCUCCGUUUAGCUUCUGGAAAGGUUAAUAUAGAUCAGGUUUCAGUAGGCAAAUAAAUAUUAUGCAGAGCAAUUUAAGUGAUUGAAAUCUAGGCUGAGAUAUUUCUCAGUGUGUUAGAACAACUCUAGUGCAGCCGCUUUGCACCACAGGAGUAUAGGUAACUACUUUAAAUACAUUUUGUGAUGCAAUCCAUACAGAUAUUGACUUCAUCGUGAGGUAAAUGGUUUGAGGUAUUGCUUUGCCCCUUUGAAAGUCUUAUCUUUGGCUUACAUUGCCGCAGGAGUUAAGUAGCAACAAGCAAUUGUCAGUGUAAUGAAAAUAAUGUACAAAGGAGAGAGGAAUGUAAAAUAAUACUACUAAGUUAAAGUUCACACAACUUGUGUCUAUCUGAAAUAAUGAUUUAUUUUUGGAUUAGUUUCUCCCUAUUUUUUCCUGGAUCCAGAUUUUUUUGGUUUGAAGUUUACACGCACAGAAUACAUGCUUUUUGAAAGCAUGUAUUGUAUUAAAUAAUACGUAUUAUUAAGCAUAUUGCUGUCUAGAAUGUUACAAUAGCAGACAUGUUUGCAGAGCCCCAGUUAUAUACCUAUGGACACAAUGUUUAUGUGGAUCAUCUCUUGUCUCUCCUCUGCAUUUUGCAUCGCCGCACACCCACUGCACUACACGACAUACCCCUUUGGAUAUUAAUGGUUCAGUACAAAGUAGAUAUUAUGACUCAUGUAUUCAAUUUGUAGGUAUGCGUUUUUUGGUCAGUAUUGCAGCUCUCCCAUUUGAAGUACCUGUAAAAGAGCUUUUCAAAUACUGUAAAAUAAAAUGAAAUACAAUGAA